AUGCAGAGAGUUUCAGAGCCAGUCCAGGACCACGCCCCAGCCCCGCAGCCUCCUGCCCAGCCCUCCGGAUCUCCGCAAGGCCAGCUCCUGACGAGCAGCAACAGCAGUCCCUGCAAGUUUGAGGACCAAGUCCUCUGUCCCAUUUGCCUGGAGGUGUUCCACAGUCCCGUCACCACCGCCUGUGGCCACAACUUCUGCAUGACCUGCCUCCAAGGUUUCUGGGACCACCAGGCGGCCACCGGCGAGACAUUCUCCUGCCCCCAGUGCCGAGAGAGCUUCCCCUCCAGGCCGCGCCUCUGCAAGAAUGUCACCCUGGGGGAGAUGGUGACCUGCUUCACCCAGGCCAAGAGCCAGACCUCAGAGUCCUCAUGCAACCUGACUGGGCCCAGGGAUGUGCCCUGCGACUUCUGUGCCCCCCAGAAGCUCAAGUCCGUCAAGUCGUGCCUGCAGUGCAUGGCCUCCCUGUGUGAGAGGCACCUGCGCAGCCACUCGGAGGACCAGGCCUUCCAGGACCACCAGCUCCUGGAGCCCCUGUGGGAUUUCAAGAGCUGCUUGUGCCUGAAGCACCGCAAGCUCCGGGGGCUGUACUGCCGCAAGGAGGGCUGCUGUGUGUGCGGGAACUGUCUGCUGGAGGAGCACCAGAACCAUGACGCCAUCCCCCUGCGGGAGGAGCGCGCCGUCAAGGAGGUCGAGGUGCGGCAGGUCCAGGCCAACGUGGAGAACCAAAUGCUAAUGAUCACCUCCGAAAGCCAGAAGCACCGGGAGCAGGUGGCCUUUCUCUUGAAACUAAUCCAGACAACACGAGAUGAGGUGAACUCCUGCUUCUCAGAGAUCGUCCAGGAAGUGAAACAGCUGCAGGUGAAGGUCUUGGGUUUUGUGGAGAAAGAGAAGGCAGCUGCCCUGGAGAAGCUGGGCAGCUCCAUCCAGCAGAGCCACAACCGGCUCCUGAAGCUGGAGGGGGACAGCAUCUGGCUGCGCACCCUACUCACCAACCCGAAUGACCAGCAGUUCCUGCAGGCACCACCAAGCCCCUGGCAUAAGCAGGAGCUCCUGGCAUCUGCUUGGGCCCUGGUGAAAGGUGGUAUCACUGCCCCUCCUUGCAUGCAGGAGUUCCCCAGGAUCAAGCACUUGCAAGACUGCACAGAACCCCUAAUGGGCACCAACUGUGAGGAGAAGCAGAGCUUCCUCCAGCUGCCUGAGACCCUGGCGGAGCUCCGGCGCCGGCUGGUGGACAUGGGUCUCAGCUUCAUCAACCAGCUCCUCCUGAAGGGCAUUAAAAUGAACUCCUAUGAGGUGCUGCCCCCAGCCGUGGAUAGGAAAACACUUCUCAAGUGUUACUGCAACCUGAGAUUCGACCCCGCCACGGCCAGCGAGGAGCUCUUCCUGUUCAAGGAGACGCACUCGGUGCUGAACCUGGGCAUCCUCCUGGAGCCCCUGCCCGCCGGCGGCCCCUUCCCAGGCUUCAAGCAGUGGCCGCAGGUGCUGUGCUCGCGCGGCCUGUCCGAGGGCCGCCACUACUGGGAGGCCGAGGUGUCCGACUCGUGGGUGUGCCUGGGGGUCACCUACCGCCGCAGCCCCCCGCUCGGCCGCCGCCCGCGCGGCAGCGUCGUCUACCUGCUGGGCCGCAACCCCUACUCGUGGUGCGUGGAGUGGGACUCGCUCCGGCUCUCCGCGUGGCACGACAACACGCAGACGGUGCUGCGCGGCGGCUACCAGCGCGCGCUCGGCGUGGCGCUCGACUGCGACCCCAUCAGAGGCCCCUGGCUGUGGUUCUCCAGGCUGAUCCUGGCCACUCAGCACCGGGUACCUACCCGUCCCUAG